UGAACCACUAUCUCGUGAGUGUGAUAAAUUACCUGCAUGGCACGCCCUUCUGUCACAUGUCGUAACGUCACCAGACCGUUACAAUGUAAGUACACCGGUGAGAACAACAACAAAAACUCAAACAUGGCGGGGUUCGGACUUCUUAUUGCUUCCUUAUUAGCCGGGGCUACCCUGAUAGUGGCCGACGACAUCUGCUUUAGGGGCGACGAUGACGUCAAGACCUGCUAUGGAGACUUUGCAUAUUGCUGUGGACUAAAUAACUUCAGCUGCUGCAAUGAUGGCUACUACGUUUUCAGCGCCUGGUGGUUCUGGAUGAUUUGGGUGAUUUUUGUCAUCCUAUUCGUGGUCUGUGGUUGUGUCAUCCGGAGUCGCCGCCAAGCGGCUAAUGCCAUUAUCCAGGGUGCCCCGCAUGCCCCGCUUGCUCCCCCUGAGGCCUACAAUACCACAGGUACCACGAUGUACGGGGCGACCUACGGUAUCGGUACCCAGCUCCCGCCUCCGCAGUACGGUGUACCAGCGUACCAGGCGGAAUCUGCAAAGCAGCAACUCUUGCAUUAGAGGGACGUCACACACCAAGGUCACAUGCAGUGAGCUACCGCAGUGGCAUCAUGGGAAGUUGGCCAUUGGGCCAUAUUUUUGAAGAACAACACAAAGUUUCUCAUGUCGCUCUUUCCGAUAAGAUAUAUCUGUAUCUAUAUAGACAGUAUGACCGACCUUCGGCACAACACACCAGCUUCGCAGGCACGCGUCGCGGCAGCAGCUGGUUACUAACAUGUAACACUGAACGACCUGUCACAGCUAACUUUUGCACAUCUAUGUAUCUAUAGUCAAGACAUUUCUUUCUACUUUUUAAAGCGUUAGUGUAUCUGUUUUUCCCUUGCAAUUAGCCCUCUUGCAGGAGUUUGCAAAAUCAGUAAUAUAUUAUAAAGGGUGACAUAACGAUAUGUUGUAACCAACUCAGUACAUCUCAAAUCAAAUCGAUUUUAACUGUAGUUAUAGUAAUAUA